CCCGGGCGAAGCGGGCGCCCUGUGCUGCGGGCCGCGGCAGACAGGGGGCGGUCGCGCCCACUUCCUCCGCCGCUCGGCACCCGCGGGGCGGCGCACCCGGGUGGCAGCACUGCGCCCAGACCUUCCCGGCUGCGGCGAGGCGGCCCUCGGCGCGCUCAGAUUCCACCGCGCGCUCUGCGACCCGGCUGCGGAGCGUUUGGCUGCCCGCAUGGACGCGGCGCUGAAGCGGAGCCGCUCUGAGGAGCCGGCAGAGCUCCCGCCACCCGCCCUGGAGGUGGAGGAGAAAGAGGAGGAGGAAGAGAGGAUGGAGCAGGGCCUGGAGGAGGAGGAAGAGGUGGACCCCCGGAUCCAGGGAGAACUGGAGAGGUUAAAUCAAUCCACGGAUGACAUCAACAGACAGGAGACCGAACUUGAGGACGCACGUCAGAAAUUCCGAUCCGUCCUGGUCGAGGCAACAGUGAAGCUAGACGAACUGGUGAAGAAAAUCGGCAAAGCUGUGGAGGACUCAAAGCCCUACUGGGAGGCCCGCAGGGUGGCAAGGCAGGCUCAGCUGGAAGCUCAGAAAGCCACACAGGACUUCCAGAGGGCCACCGAGGUGCUCCGCGCUGCCAAGGAGACCAUCUCCCUGGCUGAGCAGCGGCUGCUGGAGGAUGACAAACGGCAGUUCGACUCUGCGUGGCAGGAGAUGCUGAAUCAUGCUACUCAGAGGGUCAUGGAGGCCGAGCAGACCAAGACAAGGAGUGAACUAGUACACAAGGAGACAGCAGCCAGGUACAAUGCAGCCAUGGGCCGUAUGCGGCAGCUGGAGAAGAAACUCAAGCGGGCCAUCAACAAAUCCAAGCCUUAUUUUGAGCUCAAGGCAAAGUACUAUGUGCAACUCGAGCAACUGAAGAAGACAGUGGAUGACCUUCAGGCCAAGCUGGCCCUGGCAAAAGGCGAGUAUAAGGCAGCCCUGAAGAGCCUGGAGAGAAUCUCAGAUGAGAUCCACGAGCGCCGGCGUUCCAAUGCCAUGGGGCCUCGGGGCUGUGGCGUGGGGGCUGAGGGCAGCAGCAUAUCAGUGGAGAAGCUGUCUGGGAGCAGACCUGAGCCUGAUGCCAUCUCUGUGGCUUCCGAAGCCUUUGAAGAUGACAACUGCAGCAACUUAGUGUCUGAAGACGACUCCGAAACUCAGUCUGUGUCCAGCUUUAGUUCAGGACCAACAAGUCCAUCUGAUAUGCCUGACCAGUUCCCUGCAGUGGCAAGGCCUGGCAGCUUGGAUCUGCCCAGUCCCGUUUCCCUGUCUGAAUUUGGAAUGAUGUUUCCAAUACUGGGCCCUCGAAGCGAAUGCAGUGGGGCCUCCUCCCCUGAGUGUGAGGUGGAACGAGGAGACAGAGCAGAAGGGGCUGAGAAUAAAACGAGUGACAGAGCCAACAACAACCGUGUUCACAGCAACAGCGGUGGUGGCAAGGGCAGGAGCCAAAGCAGCACAUCCCCUGAAGGCCAGGCCUUGGAAACCCGUAUGAAGCACCUCUCCCUACAGUGCUCAAAAGGAAGAGAUGGGAUUAUCGCUGACAUAAAAAUGGUGCAGAUUGGCUGAC